UCCCCCGCCGCCUCCUCCUCCUCCUCCCCCGCCGCCUCGCCUGUCACCGCCGCGUGCUCUCUUCGCUCUCCGCUCCUUCUUCCCGAACCUCUUCUUCUCUCGACCGAGUUGCGUGCGGGUUGCCCCGCGUAGAUUCGUUGCAGGUUUUGCGAGGCUGCGAUAGAGAAGGAGGGUGCUAUUAGACGUGGUGAGGUAGCGGCCGGGGUUGUUGUUGUUUUUGUUGCUGCUGCUGUCGCGGAGAAAGGCAAAGUUUAACGUGGGCGGAGGAGGGCGAGGGCGCUUCCGACAGCGUGGGGAAACUUUAGUUUUAUUUUAUUAUUUUUGUUGCCGCUGCUGCUGCCCUGCACGGAGACAAAAUGAAGAACAAGCAGCAGACCAACGUGCACUGAAAAGGACAGGUGCCAUCGCAAGGUCAAAUAGGCGGCAUGCCCAAUGGAUGAGGUCAAGGUCGAGGACAAUCUGGGGGUCAGUGACGAGUCGGGCACUAUCAAGCGCAAGCGUGGAAAUCUGCCCAAGGAGGCCGUGAACCUGAUGCGCGAGUGGCUCUUAGCGCACCGCUUCAACGCCUACCCGUCGGAUGUGGAGAAGGUCAUGAUGACCAAGCGCACGCAGCUCACUUCGCUGCAGGUGUGCAACUGGUUCAUCAAUGCUCGUCGUAGGGUGCUGCCCGAUGUUUUGCGCAUGGAAGGUGAAGACCCGGCAGAUUACGUGGUGUCCCGAAAAUCGUCAGCUAGGACCACUGCACGGCAGUUGAAUGCGGCGCGGCAAUUGGCAGUUCGCUGGAACAGCCCUGCUGCAGGUAUGUCCAACGGGUUGCUCUACCCUAUGGAGCACCCCACAGUUGCACUGCCACUGAUCAAGCGUGAAGUGACGGUGGCUGCCGUCAGGCCGUCCAACAGCAGGGUGGUGCGUCCCUCCGUGAUCCAGCACACCACCUUACCGCUGCCUGUGCCUUCCCCACCCAGUUUUAUGGCGAGCCUUCCCCACAACCGGCUUGCCAACUAUCUCUUUGACGCCGUCAUCUCUGAGCGGCAGUGCUUGAAGGAUAACGGCGGCUCUGUCAGCCCAAACUAUAACAAUGCGACCGCUUUUGCAAACUUCUGCGGCAGUGGUAGCAACAGCAGCAGCGGGAUUAGCAGCACAAGCAGCACCCCAAAUACUUUCCAAGACUUUCCGUUAGACUACAGCUCUCCGAAAUUGAAGGAGUUUCACCCUAAUGACACAGAGGUAUACAAACACAUUUUCCCCAACAGCGCUUCACCUGUAAGUCCAGCGGAUAUGCCUGCAGGUCCACCGGACUUUACUAACCUCUAUAUGCUUGCUGAUGUAGCUGUGGAGCGGGCUAUGUACCUUGGAAAGUGUUCCAAGUUUUAGACACAUACAUUGCCGACCUACUGGUGAAGUGUUGAAGCUUUUCAUUGGUCUCAUGCAGGUUGGGAUUUGUUCAUCUUGGAUCAGACCAAACAACACUUCAUCCAUUGGGUGAUGGCAAGGGGAUUUUUAAAAAAAAAUAUGGAUCGUCAACAAUACAUGACCACCAAUAAGUGCGAUCUUAAGUUUUUUAAACUCUUAAUUGUGUCCAUUUACAGCGACUGAACAAAUCAAAGUUUUAAACAAUGCAAAGCUUCGUGCUAAAUUUUACAAUGAUACAGCCAGCUUCUGAACAUCUUUCUGUUCAACAAAACCCCCAAAAAUGCUUUUGACAUUCCUGUGCACUAUUAGGUGUAUACCACUACACCUCUUUUUACUAAGGAGUUAGACAAAACCAAGCAUAUAUAGACAAUAUUCUUACAAUACAGACUAUGCAUUGCAUUGAAACUGGUGUUUUCUUUUAGGCACAUGGUCCAGGUAAAUGUAAGCUUGUCAGAUGUUUGUUUCAUUUAGUUUCAAGUGUAGUUUUUUUUUGCUCACGUGCAAAGUGUGCCUCUAAGUCGGUUGGUUAGUUACAACCGGAAUAGAAGUGUUAUCGUAUGCGACGCUCUGUGCAUUUUAACUUUAAUGUAUACAUAGUUUGUUAGUUUUAGGCGUAGAUGUUUUUCAUAGUUUAAGUUGUCGGCCUAAAGUGCAUUUCUUGAGGUUUUUUUGCGUAGUUUUCUUAAUUUUAAGGUAGUUGAGCAAAACAAAAACAAAAAACUGAGCAUGGCAGCCUUUAGUCAAUUUAUAAAAGAAAAUUGGGCUUCUCAAAUCUCACGUGUGGCACGGUUGAACACGGUUCGAAGGUUUGGUGUUUUAAUAAAUAGGUCCAAAAGUAACCCCCUCUUUCUUUUAAAAUGUAUAAAUGCUGUCAUUUCCCUCGCAUGAAAAAAUAUUUUUUUGCAAUGUAACUUUAACUUUUUUAUACUGAAUUGUGAUGCUGCAUAUUGUUAAGUAUUUUGUAUAUUUCGUUUUUUAUAUAUACCGUUGUAGCCACUUUGCGUUCCAGUGGCUCUGUUUUCAUCGGGGUGAUGACGUUACACAUUGAUGCUGACUAUUAUGGAUCAUGAGCUUAAAACAUUUGAUUUCGAGCAAAAACGUUAAAAUUUAAGUAAUUAAAAUGCUUGGGAUGAUACUUUGAGGAUAAUUUUAACAUUUAAGUCUAAUUUCAAUGUUCAUACACAAUCUGUCACUCUUGGGUAGGCAGACACCUUUUUAAAAUCUUGGCAUUCAAGCACCUUGACUUGGUUAUGCUUGGUCCAAUACAAUGGCCAUCUUAACGUUUGGGUAAUUUCAGUACUGUAUUGUUGUCAAAUUGACAUGCCCACUUGGAAACGUGUCUCGCGUACCUUGUUUUUAAGACUCCUUGUUGCGCAAAUCAGAUUCGUGUUGCAAUAACUUAAACUUUUAAUCUGCUCCACGGUGAAACUGGCAAACUUUCUGGAUGUACUUUACAAUAAUCAUAACGGUACUUGUAUUGCACUGCACAGUGGAAACCAAAAAUAGAUGAGGGUUUUUUUUUGUGUUAAUGUUGCUUACUUUGGCAGUUUUUCUCUCUGUCAUUUGAUAAGUACUGCUUAACAGUUGUACUGUAUUUAUUUAAAAGUUAAUUUGUUUUUUUUUUUGCAUAUCGUUUUGGCCAUUUAUUAAAUAUAACCCAUCCUCCGAGUGUCAUAUUAACCUUUUUUUUUAAAGUGUAUUGAGGUUAUCUUUUUAAUGUGCACAUUUGGGCCAAGCUACAUUUUCUGCUAAGCCGUAAACAUUUAACUUAUUUUUUUGACAUUACUUUUUUUAUAGCGGACUUUGAAUGUGCACAUUUUAAGUAGAUGUUGUCUGGCCAGCAUGUUCAUAUAAUACACUGCAUUACAUAAUUUGAGUCUUGGGUAGCAAAUACAUAUGCAUCAUUAUAUACUUGUUAUGUAUGCAGUGACACCUCCCGAAGUGAUCCUGUUAAUGUGUAGCUUUUUCAAUCUGAUACAGCGGUUGACUAUACUUGACGGUUGCUUGUUUUUAGGUUAGUUUAUGUUAGUUAUUUAGGUUAGUUACUGAGUUUAAGUUAAAAUGGGAGUUUUUUCCAGAGGUAGCUGUUUAAGUUGAUGGGUUUUUUUAAAAUAAACUACCUCGCUGUCGUGGUUUAUUUUUUUUCCGUUUAAUGGGCGUUGAAUGUUUCCAUGGGUAAAUGAUGAAGAAUGGCGAGCACGUGUGUGCAAACAUUAAAAUGUAUGGGUCUCAUGGAAAUGCACUCAAAUAGUUUAACGUUUAAAAAGUAGACUUAAAAGCAAACCUGCUGGAAAUUAUGGAAAUUGCUGUGUUUUCCUUUUAAUUCAGAACUUGAAUUUAUUAUUUCUUGUUGUCGAAGUUUCACUGCAUUAUGCAAUUGUCAUUGUCUCCGUUGUUAAAUUGACGGUAAACAGAAACAAGCUUGCUUAUGCUGUAAUCGGUGGAAAUGAGGUUAAACAAUUCCUUGAUUUUCAUUAUGUGGUUAUAAAUGGUGAACGCCUGUUUAAUUUUCAUCAGUGAUAGACAUUCAGGUGUUUGACCAUUUUUUUCGGGAUAUCAUGAUAGAAAUGUGAGUAAUGUAAUAAGACUAAAUGGAGCAGAGUGCCUUACUUUUAUGCAAACAUAAAAGAAUUUGCCAAUCUACAACAAUGUGAAUGUGUGUUUAGCCUAAACACUACCAAUUGAUAAAAUUCAGUUUGUUA